CUCCCUUUCUUUCUUCCUUUGAAGGAAUAAUAACUUUGUUUCCGUUACGUUCUGUUAUUUGCAGAAAUGGGAACCUCUGUGCUUUCCUCUCACGAUUGUCUUCAGCCUCGCUUACGUCACCAUGCCUUCUCCCUCUCCGCACCUUCCGUCAGAUCACAGACAAACCCUAACCCUAUCCCUAAUUCCAACCCUAACCAUAACCAGACUCGCCGGCGGAGACUCUACGACGGCCAUUUGUCCGGCAUGGUCGUCAAAGGCCCUGGCGCCAACCUCGUCAUGGGCCAAGUCAAGAUCCUCAAGAGAGGCGAGAAGCUCAGCCUCGAGGAUGGUGGCACGGGCCGUGUUGAUUCCAGCUACGAAGGUUUCGAUUUGGUGUUGGGAUCAACGGAUCGCUUGGGCCCGGAUCCGAGUUCCGUUCCGGUCCCCGGAUUCCUCGGGAAGAGAAACGGCGCCGCUGCUACCACCGGAUUGAGGCGCUUGCUGCGCCUCGAUUUGGCGUCGUGAUGACGAUGAUGAUGGUGAGGAUGAUCGGUUGAUUGGUUCUGUUGUUCAAUUUCGGUGUUGAUGAUGGUGGAUCGCACGUGAGAUGUCACGUAAGAGUGGUUGUUGGCGACUUUCAUAUGAUCGCGGGGUCUCGACGAGCUUCCUCUAUUUUUUCUCUUGUGGAUGACCGUUGGAUACGAGCGAACGAGGAAAAACGAUGAAAAUAUUUGAUGGCGAAAGGGUAAAGCUUGUAGGGGUCAUCAGCGUUUAAAUUUAGUCCCUUUAGAUAUUUGAUGAAGGGUUGAAGCAGUUUGAGAGAAGAAAAUGUUACCCUCUUGUAAAUUCAGCAUGCCACGUUAAUCUAGAAUUUGAGUUUCUAUCUAGUGUGUGUGUGUGUGUGUAUUUAGACUGUUCCUACUUUAGAUUUUCGUAGAAGUUUGUUGUCUUGGGUUUGGCUUCGUGAAUGUGUUAGGUGUUUUUGUCAAAUCAUAUACUGGAGCAGUUCGGAAAAUUGAUGCAAUAAAAUUUCUAGUAU